AGGGAAGCUCCGAGGGCAGAGGAUUAGGCCCGGGAGCCCAACAGGCUUCCCGGUGCCUAAGUGGACAGGGAAAGCACUGGCCCCGUUCCUUCGUGCCCCUCCCCCACCGUCUCCCGCAGGGUCUCCCCAUCGCCACUGGACCCCUAACCGUGGGGGGUCCCGCUGGGUGUAGGAACUCCUCCCCUCCGCCAGCCACCCCUCUGGGGUGCUGGUCCUGGAGGUCCGGCCUUUACUUUUGCUCCCCCUUCCCUCCCUCCCACUCCCUCAGGACCCGUGUGGCUGGAGGGGGCCUCAGUGGGCAGAGGAUCAGGCCCAGGAUCUCAGCAGGUUCCUGGGGGCCCAAGUGGGCAGGGGAUACAUGGCAACUCUCCCUUUUGAUACUCUGCCCUCCCAGUGGUUCCCCAAUUUCCCCCUUCGGGCGUGGGAAUCCCUUGCCCUCCCCCAGCCGCCCCUCAGGGGCGCCAGUCUCGUCCGGCCACCACUUCUCCUCCUCCUUCGCUCCCCCAAUGCCCCAUGUCCUACCCAGUUGCUGGGGGUUCCUCCCAUCCCCUUAGGUGUCCAUGGUCCCCCACUGGUGCCUGGUAGGCGCCCUAGUUGUGAGGAGAUGCGCAUUCCGCAUCCUCCUAGUAUGCCGUCUUGACUCCGCCCCCGCUUUUUUUUAUAAAGUUUUUUUUUUUAAUUUUAUUUAUUUUUGGCUGCACUGGGUCUUUGUUGCUGUGUGUGGGCAUUCUCUAGUUGUGGCGAGCAGGGGCUACUCUUUGUUGCAGUGCUUGGGCUUCUUGUUGUGGUGGCUUCUCUUGUUGCAGAGCAUGGGCUCUAGGCGCGCAGGCUUCAGUAGUUGCAGCACAGAGUCUCGGUAGUUGUGGCUCUCGGGCUCUAGAGCUCAGGCUCAGUAGUUGUGGCGCACGGGCUUAGUUGCUCUGCAGCACGUGGUAUCUUCCCGGACCAGGGAUCGAACCUGUGUCCCCUGCAUUGGUAGGCGGAUUCUCAACCACUGUGCCACCAGGGAAGUCCCUCAUAGAUUCUUAGAAGUGGGGGGCCUCAGGAGUCAUCUAGGCCUUUCCAACCCCCGUCACUGACCAGAAACCUCUGUGCCAUCAAUUGACCAGAGUGUUUAUAGACCUCUGCUGGAACAGGUUAUCUUUGAGGCCCUUUGAGACUAUUGGGCUCUUGUAUCGACAGCUUUAAUUGUUGGAAAAAUCCUUUCUCAUACUGAGUUGAAAUGUGCCCUGUGUAACUUCUGCCCUUUGGUCCUUGUACUGCCCUCUGAAGAAAUGUUGGCUGAAUUUAUUCCCACAUGGCACCCCUUCAGAUACUUGAAGGUACUGUGGCCCUAGUUAAGUCUUUUUUCUCUUUUCCAAAUCUACAGAUCCCUUUCUUGCUUCCUGUGGAAAAUAGUCCUGAACCGUUCUAGUCACCUUCUUCUAUGGAACAGCUUGGAUUGGCAGAUCCAUAUGUUAAACUGCUGCUUGAUGCCAUGAAGCAUUCGGGUUGCGCUGUUAACAAAGAAAGACACUUUUCUUGUGAAGACUGUAAUGGAAAUGUCAGUGGAGGUUUUGAUGCUUCAGUGUCUCAGAUUGUUUUGUGCCAGAAUAAUAUCUGUAAUCAGGCCCAUAUGAACAGAGUGGUCACCCAUGAGCUCAUUCAUGCAUUCGAUCAUUGUCGAGCUCAUGUCGACUGGUUCACCAACGUCAGGCACUUGGCCUGCUCUGAGGUUCGAGCUGCUAACCUUAGUGGAGACUGCUCACUUUUAAAUGAAAUACUCAGGUUACAUUUUGGAUUAAAACAACACCAUCAGACUUGUGUGCGAGACAGAGCCAUUCGUUCUAUCCUGGCUGUUAGGAACAUCAGCAAAGAAGUAGCUCAGAAGGCUGUUGAUGAAGUUUUUGAAUCUUGUUUCAAUGACCAUGAACCUUUUGGAAGGAUCCCUCAUAAUAAGACCUAUGCAAGAUAUGCUCAUAGAGACUUUCAAAACCGGGAUCGGUACUACUCAAAUAUAUGAAGACGAUGACAUUUUAUAUUGCAGAACUUCAGUGAUCAUGAAGAAAGUAUGCUUCCCAAGUGGACAAACAUAAAACGUAAAUGAUCAAUUAAAUACAGAGAAGACACAGAAGAUGCUGAUUCUAGCAUCAGAAAAAGUAACUGUGGUAAGAAAUGAAACUGCCUUAAACUCCAAGGCAAAAAUUGUAUCUUUGUAGCUAACCAUUUGGUAAAUAAGGCAAAUAAAUUGCAUUUUUAAAUUUUCUACAA